AUGGGUGGACCCGCAGCAGUGUCGGCCGGGAACGGUCAGGGAUACGCGCAUCUCAUUAAGGACCACAAGCCAUGGUACAAGAACCCGAGGAUGAUCAAGCUGAACCUGUGCAUAGCGCUCUUGUUGAUCACGUCGACAACGAACGGGUACGAUGGAAGUAUGAUGAACGGUCUCCAGUCACUACCACAAUGGAACCAAGCCUUCGACUACCCCAGCGGCGGAAAGCUUGGACUCCUGAGUGCAAUCCAGAACAUCGGCUCAGUCGCCGCAUACCCGUUCUCGCCAUACGUGUCCGACGGACUCGGCCGCCGUGCAGCAGUCAUUCUUGGAGCGACGAUCAUGUGCGUAGCGACGGUGAUCCAAACCGCGUCGCACUCUGUGGGAAUGUUCAUCGGCGCACGGUUUUUGAUCGGCUUUGGCCUCACGUUCGCCGCCGCAGCGGCUCCAGUCCUCAUUACGGAAAUAGCAUACCCUACCCAGCGAGGGCCCGCGACGUCGCUGUACAACACGCUCUGGUUCCUCGGAAGCAUUACGGCUGCGUGGACGACGUUCGGAACGUUCCACCUCCCGACGAGCUGGUCUUGGAGAAUCCCGUCUGCGAUACAGGCGCUCCCCUCGGUCAUCCAACUGAUACUCGUCUGGUUCAUCCCUGAAUCUCCAAGAUGGCUUUGCUCGAAGGGCAGGGAGGAACAAGCACUUCGCGUGCUCGCGUACUACCACGCCAACGGCAACAGGACCGACGCUCUCGUUGAGUAUGAGUUCGAAGAGAUCCGGGCUGCGAUCAGGUUCGACAAGGAGGUUGCAGCGAACGUAGGGUGGUCGAGCUUCUUCAAGACCCCUGGUAACAGGCGUCGCCUCCGGAUCAUGAUCGCAAUCGCGUUCUUCUCCCAGUGGUCCGGAAACAACCUCAUCGCUUACUACAUGAACAAGAUCUUCGACGCGAUCGGGAUCACCGACCCUACCACGCAGCUCCUCAUCAACGGUUGCCUCAACAUCUACAACUUCAUCAUCGCAGUCAUUGCGGGCCUGCUCUGUGACAAGAUUGGCAGGCGGCCACUGUUCAUCGCGUCAACCAUCGGCAUGUUCGUCUUCUGGGUCCUGCAGACUGUCUGCUUCGGACUGUACUCGGAGACGGGAAAUAUCACUGCCGCGCACACCUUCAUCGCCAUGAUAUUCAUAUUUGAAUCUACUAUGCGCGUGCACCUCAUGCUGACGGGGACCUUCAUAGACGAUAUUGCCUUCACGCCCUUGAUUGUCGCAUACACCGUCGAAAUUCUACCUUUCCCUCUUCGCGCGAAGGGGUUUACGAUCUUCAACCUUGCGCUGUCGCUAUCCUUGAUCUUCAACCAGUACAUCAACCCUAUCGCGCUAGCGCAUCUCGGAUGGAAAUACUACAUCGUCUAUGUAUGUUGGCUCGCAUUCGAGGUAGGCUUCAUCUGGAAAUUCCUCGUCGAGACCAAGAACCGCACUCUCGAGGAAACCGCGGCACUCUUCGACGGCGAAGACACGGCGGUCCACCUGGCCGAGCACGCCGCGAUCAACGCCGGUAUUUCUGACUCGCAUUCAGAUCGGGAAAAGGCGUCGACGGAGGAAAUCAAGGAGGAAGUUGUGGGCUAGACGCGUCCCGCGAGCUCGGUGGACUCGGAACCAAAGCAAACGUACUGGACGCGAGCCGGGCCCUCGUAUCUGCACCAUGACAGGUUCUUGUCGCGAUGUUGUAUUUGUACCCACCAGACGCUUCUCCUCGC